GCUGCAAACUUUGCAGUUCCACAACACUCCUUUCUAUUGAAGCAUGGAAACAACGAACCAAGUAAGCAAAGAAGAAGAAGCUGAAGAACAAAGGAGAGACUUGGUUGUGUCUAAGGAAGAAGAAGAAGAAGUAGUAGAAGAAGAAGCGCACCCGUAUUCCUUUCAUGUCUCUGGACCAAGGAAUUUGUCUACCCUUAAUUGGAGAGAUCUCAUCUAUUCAACUUGGAAGGAUUCAAAUUACAAAAGAACAGUGAUUGCAUGCUUUAUACAAGCAGUUUACUUGCUUGAACUUGAUAGGCAAGAAAAAAGAACACAAGAGACUGCACUUGCACCAAAUUGGUGGAUCCCCUUUAAGUACAAGCUCACACAAACUCUCAUUGACGAAAGGGACGGAUCCAUUUUCGGAGCAGUACUCGAAUGGGACCGGUCGGCAGCUAUGGCCGACUUGGUCUUAAUGAGGCCUAGUGGCGCGCCGCGAGCUGUUCUAGCACUCAGGGGAACACUACUCAAAUCACCCACAAUGCGAAGAGACAUCGAAGAUGACCUUAGAUUCUUUGCCUGGGAAAGUUUGAAAGGCUCUUGCAGGUUUAAAUUGGCAUUGGAGGUACUAAAAUCGGCUUCGAAUUCCUUCGGAGGAAGCAAUGUUUGUGUGGCAGGGCAUUCAUUGGGUGCUGGUUUCGCUCUUCAAGUUGGAAAAGCAUUAGCCAAAGAAGGAAUCUAUGUUGAGACACAUUUGUUCAAUCCACCUUCAGUUUCUCUAGCAAUGAGUUUAAGAAACAUUGGAGAAAAAGCAGAGUCUGCUUGGAAGAAACUGAAAUCCAUGCUUCCUUAUAGUGGCCAGGAAUCUCGAGCCGGCGAGGAAGGAGAUGCCAACAAGAAUCUAGGAUUAAAGAGUUGGAUACCGAGGCUAUCGAGCUUCAAGAACUCUGGUUUUGUAGUGGGCAAAUGGGUUCCUCAUUUGUAUGUAAACAAUAGUGACUACAUUUGUUGUUCUUAUAAUGAUCCGGGUGGUGAUGGUGGAGUUAACAAGGAGAAUGUUGCACCGCCGGGGAAUGUCCCGGUCGCGGCGAAGCUGUUUGUUGUUACUAAGGAGAGGCAGAAGUUCCAUGAAGCUCAUGGAUUGGAGCAAUGGUGGUCAAGUGAUGCAGAACUUCAGCAGGCUAUUCAUAGUAGCAAACUGAUAAGUAGACAGUUAAGAUCUUUGUAUAGUGGGAGUGGUAGUGGUACUUCUUCUCAAGUAACACAAGGAAAGUCUUAGUAACUGAAAAUUGGAGUUUGUUUUCGAUUGUUUGUGAAAUUGAAUUCUUUGCUUUUAUUUGUUCA